CCAAGAGUACAUCGAGACACUCAGCAUGACAGAACACCGGGGAGGUCAAAAACGCACUGCAAACUCCACACCAGAUGCAGCGAGAGCGGGUCCCUCGCACGCAUCUAAAAAGACCCGCUUUAUCGAACCCAAUGAAGAUCCCGUUAACUUCGCUGAACAGGUCGACUCAUCCCUUGAAGACCCCAAUAAACGGAAAGGACGCGUCAAGAACGAGGGAUACGACUCAGACUCUAGCGAUGACGGAGAAGGUGUUGUACUGAGCCGACGAAAGGCGGCUGAUGAAGAGGAUGCCGAGGAUGAUAUGUUUGCGAUGGGUGAGAAAAAGGAGGACGCGACGGGAGGAAAGAAGAAGGAAGAGUUUCUGAGGCUGGGGGACAUCGAGGGUCAGGAGUUCAACGAUGAAGAGGAUGAAAGCGACUCUCAGGGCGAUGAGGAGCCCGAAGACGAGGAUGACGCCGAGAGGAGGCAGAAGACUGGUAUGGGGUACGAGCUAUCCUCGUUCAACAUGCGUGAAGAGAUGGAGGAGGGCAAGUUCUCGUCUGAUGGAACUUAUGUCCGAACAUACGAUCCUCAUGCUAUGCAUGACCGGUGGAUGGAUGGCGUCGACGAAAAGGAGAUGAAAAUGGCCCGUCGACGCAAACGACAGCAAGAGCGUCAGCAGCGAGAGAAGAUUAAAACUGAGGAGAGGGAGUUCGAACAGAGCGGAGGGAAGCUUAAUCUCGAGAUGCAGCUCCUCAAGCUGCUCAAGAAAGGCGAAACUGUGCUCGAGGCUCUCCAGCGUCUCGGAAACCAGGCGAAGAAGCUGAAGUAUCAGCCAAAAGCUAAUAGCAAUGGUGCAGAAUCGACACUUGCCAUAGGGAAACAGCCUCAAGUAACUACAGAUAUCGAUCAUAUCACCCACUUGGCUUCCACUGCUAUGUCUCUUGGCGACGCAGAUAUCUACUCCAAGACAUAUGAAGAAUUGGUGCGGUCCGUUCGUGCGAGUGGCCAAGUAUCGCCAGAUUGGAUGCCUCCCUCCGCCGAUGUUAAAUAUGAGUACAAGUGGAACGUCCCCAGCCAAACAGAGCAGGUAUUUGGCCCCUUCAGUGAAGAGGACAUGACGAGCUGGUUCGGAGCGGCAUAUUUUGGUGACGGUGGCGAGAAGGUACUUGUGAGGAAAGUUGGAGGCCCAUGGGGCAGCUGGAAUGAGAUAGUGACGUGAUUUGUGUAGUAGAAAGUGCUGCGUCCUUAUGUACGUUUUCAUUAAUCAAUGGCACGCUUAGUAGUAGACGGACUUACGUCGUUCAGUGGCUGAUGUAUUGGAACACG